AUGGCCGACUUGCAGGAAGUUGACGACGCGUGGGCCAGCCAGGAGGAGGACGAGCGCACGGAGGACGCGGACUCCGAGGACUGCAGCUCUGGGAGCCACCCAGAGGAAGGCGGGGAGGCCGACAUGGGCGCCGACAGCGCGGGCAUCUACAGCGCGACCGAGGUCAACGUCGAGGUCUUCGAGGAGCUGAGCCUGCCCGCGUCGCUGGUGGAGGAGGUGCAGGGCGCGUGGGCCGUGUUUCUGCGCGGCGCGGAGUCGCGCGAGGCGGCCGGCGAGGCGAUCUACUCGGCGAUCUUCGACUCCGCGCCCAGCUUGCAGAGCCUCUUCAAGACGCCGCGCGCGGUGAUGGCCAUGCGGUUCAUGAACGGCCUCAACCAGAUCAUCAGCCAGCUGGCCAAUCCCGGCGCCCUCAAGACACUGGUCGAGACGCUUGGCUUCCAGCACCUCCACCUGGAGGUAACUGUGCCUCGCGUCGUGAUGUUUCGCGAUGCCAUUGUGGAUUUGCUGCAAAUGGAGCUAGGUUCUCAGCUGAGUGUCAGCGCGCAUGCGGGCUGGGAUGCAAUGUUAAAUUACGUUGGUGGAGCGUACAUAUACGUCCGUGUGAAGUACACCGAUCGCCUCAAGAUCUUGGCGUCGAGCUGGGCCACCGCCAACAAGAAGGAGUAUACGGUGGCGACAACUGAUGAGGACGAGGAAGCUGGCUCCAAGGAAACGGAUAUCGCUUUUCAGUCUGCUGAGGAUAUCCGUGCUGAGGAGAAGGCUAAGAUGGAGGCCGCAAACGAGAAGCAGGUCAACGUGCAGAAGACGAAGAGAAACAAACGGGGCUCUGGUUGGUUCUUUAGUCGCGAUGCUUCUUCACACGAUGUGACCACUGGGCACGGGAAGAGAAAGGAGCUCGACGAUUCAGACGGCAAUUCUCUCAGAAACACAUCAGUGCCAACCACUUACAGAGAUAUGUUCACGUUCAAUGCGGCGGUCAUGGGCUUUGGACAAAGUGCCUGGAUGAACGAAGUUCUGUCUUCUUUCGACACGAUCGUGACAAACGUUUCUAACUCGUACCGCCUGCAGGAAGAGUGUGACGUGCUGUCGCUGCGGCUCGCGAAGUACAAGGGCACCGUGGACCUGCCGGAGUACAAGGCCGUCAUGCUGGCCUCCCUGCGCUCCCUGGUGCCGAAGGACUGGAACUCCGAGCACGAGGUCGCCUGGUCGUGGCUCUGGGAGAACGUGGAGCGCAUGCUGAGGUCGAUGAUGGGCAAGCCGGCGAACAUGGAGAGGUGCCUCGGGCGCCUCUGGGCCAGCCUCGACGAGGCCGGCCAGGCCACGGUGAGGCGCGAGGUCUACGCGAAGUUCUUCCAUCUCGCCCCGUCGGGUCAGGAUUUCUUCAAGCAGUCCACCACGCGGCUGCAUUUCAUCGCUGACCGAAUCGUGUCCAUGACCCUGGAGGUCUACAGGGACCCUAAAAAAAUGGUGGAAGACAUUUCCGCGCUCGGGCUGAGGCACGUCGGCUACGGGAUCCCCACGGAGCUCUUCGGCCCCUUCGUCACCGCCUGCGUGCAGGUCGUGCGGGGCCUCACCGACGACGACGGCGCCGAGGAGGCCUUCCGGUGGUCCCUGAACCUCAUCUCGCGCAUCCUGACGCGCGUGAUCACGGAGGGCUCGACCAUCGUCAUGAAGGCCAUCAACGUGAACAGCGCCGCCCAGCUCCGGAAGGCCGUGGGCUGCGCCCCCCGCGGCAUGCGCGCGGCGUGGGUGCUCAGCAUCCAGGUCGGGACCCAGUCGAUCUCGCCGCUCCUGUGGGCGGUCGAGACGGGCAGCCUCGAGGCCGCCGGCGCGAUGAUCGAGGACCUCCUCACGAUCCGGGCGGACAGGGACCGCUACUACUACGGGAUGGACGCCCUCUUCGAGCGCCACGGGGACAUCGUGAGGCGCCUCUGCGCCGAGGCGCCGGCCUUGCUGCCGACGCUGCUGGACGGGCUGGUGUGGCGCUCGCGCCUCACCGAGAAUGGCACGCGGCGCGUCAACUAUCUCAUGCACCUCGUGGUGGACAGCAGCGGGGGGUUCUCACAGGCGGUUGAGUGGAUCUCGGGCAACGGUGACCCCAAGCUCGUGUCCCACCCGAUCGUGGCGAUGGUGACGGACACCGUGUGGAGCCGCAUCGCGUCCAGGACUUUCUUGAUUAACAAGUCGUGGAUGCUCUUUACGAUGUGCGUCUUCGUUCUCGGUGCUGGUGGGCUCAAGCAUUCGAGCAAUGGCGAUAUGGGCGAGACUCGGCGCAUCGUGGUGGCCGCCUGCCGUUCCUUCAUAUACGUGCUGAGUUUGGGGAAGUUCCUGUACCACCACGUGGGGAACAUAUGCCGUGAUGUGCGCGACAACAGAAUCAUCAGAAUCGGCCAAGUAAGAGUCCCGGCCUAUUUGGAGAAUUACCAGGACUGUAUCAGUUUGCUCUUGACCAUGCUCCUUUUGGCGAUGCUCGCGCUCGAGCCAGUUCUGAUUUGCAUGCCACAUUGGGACGAGGAGUUUGUGGGAUCAGGUUUGUUCACGGACAAAUGCCCUCAGGUAAAACAUAUUCACGCUACAUAUUCUCAGUUGAGCGCUUUGGCUACCAUGAUGUUCUUUGCCUUGAUCGUUGACCUCUCCGUAUUCUCAACCAGGGUAUCCGCGUUCGUCCUCGUUGGCCACCGCGUGCUGUCAGAGGUGUUCCUCUUCAUUGUCGGAUGGGCGUUUGUGAUCUUGAUGUCGAGCUGCGCCAUCAGCGCACUGGACCACGACAACAGCAACUUCGAUGGCAUCCCAUCCUCCGCGAUCGCGCUGUUGAAAAUCACGCUCCGCAUGUAUGACGGCGGGGAAUACCAAGAGUUGCAUCAAGAACCAGCGCUCGUGUUCGCUGUCGUGGUCUACGUCAUUGUGAGCGGGGUGUUCUUACUCAACCUGCUCAUUGCGCAGCUCAGCUGCUCCUACCAGGCGAUGUUCCAGGACAUGCUCGGGUAUGCCCGCCUGAAUCGCGGCAAGAUCGUGGUCGAGGCCAUGGCGGUGGUCACGGAGAUCCGCUGGAGGACGUUCGUCGACUCCCUGCAUCUGGAGGAGCGGUGCGAGUUCGGGGAGGGCGACAUCGGCCUGGCUGGGGGCAUCCAGGUGCGCGAGCCCGCGAACGCGAACGUCACCACCGUCGACACAAUCCGCCGCUUCGGUGGGUCCACGUCACCGAAGGCGCAGUGGCCCGAGGACGGCCAGAAGGCCAACACCGACGAGGAACGCUUCGAACGGAUGGAGAAGUUGAUCGCGAAGGCUAUGAAGCGCAUCAGCCGGAGGCAUGACGGCUCUUCCGACGGCGGCUCGGGGGCCCAGUCUGGGAUGCUCAGCACCCUCAUGAGCGGCUCGAGCAGCAGCGACCAGGCGAGCGACCACGGCAGCCAGUAG